UCGGUUCGGUUUUCGGUUUUCGGUUAAAAAUUGUCACCCCUAUCAAAAACCACUACAGUUCUCGUCUGCGCAGUCGCUAGGGUUUUAUCAUUUUUUCUCUGAAUAUGGCGAUUCGAUGUCUCACGCGCGCCGUCCUUCCCACUACCAAAUCCCUGGCCGCCAUCUUCGCGCAAUCCUACAGCACAGCCGCCUCGUCCUCUGGCGUCCUCAGCAGGCCCUCUUUCGUCCUGCGCCUCCGUCCUCUCGCCGCCGCCGCUUGCGCCUUCUAUCCUCGCCUUCUUUCUCCGGCUAUAUCUACCAGGGGGUUCGCGACUCUGCAGACAGCGUCGUCUACGAAUGAUCAGGACCCGAAAUCGGAACCGUUCGACGGUCGCGAUUUCGAGCACUGGCUUGUUUUCAUGAAUAUGCCGCCGGAGAUCGUGACGCGGGACCAAUUGAUUGAUUAUUACAUCAAGACUCUUGCUGUGAUUGUUGGCAGUGAAGAAGAAGCUAGGAUGAAGAUUUAUUCAGUCUCUACUAAGUAUUACGCUGCCUUCGGAGCUCUUGUGUCGGAAGAGACGGCGUACAGGAUAAGAGCGCUUAAUAAUGUUAUUUAUUUGUGUCCGGACUCAUACUUGGAUGUGAAGAAUAAAGUUUAUGGAGGUGAGCCAUUCAUCAACGGCCAGGCUGUGCCAUAUGACCCCAAAUACCACGAGAUGUAUCACAGAAACAUGGCUCGCGCGACCAGGACCAUCGACAUUGUCAAGACACGGAACAUGGAGAGAGAGCAUGGACAAUCGAAACAGCGGAGGCCCACAGAACAGUUAGUUCGUCCACCACCACCACCAAAUGCUCCCAAUGCGGGUGGUCUGAAUGUUCCUGGGAGAGUUAUCACAUAUUUAAUAGGUGGGGUUGCAAAUUUGAUUUGCAAAUUAAAUAGAAAAAAAUAAAAAUCAGAGAUUUAUAAUCUCUGCAUCUUCUUAAUAAAAUAAUGAGAGGGGUGUUGUGUUUUCAUAUGGUUGACAUGUUCUCCACCCACCGUGAUUAGAGCUGUCAAUUUGGCCCGCGGGCCGGUCCACCCCGCCCCGCGAAAGGGGUGGUUUGGGCCGGGAUUUAACGGGCCAGCCCGUGCGGGCCGCGGGCUAGGGCGGGGCGNUGUA